AUGUCGUCGUCCUCCUCGUCCACGGAGCAGCGCGUGGCGUUCCGCUCCACGGCCGUGGUGACGGACUUCGAGGGCAAGGUGGAGUGCGUGACGCACUACUCGUCGCGCGUGGUGGUGGGCUCCAAGGACGGCCGCCUCGUCAUGUACGACACGCGCAAGGGCACGACCGCGUCCACGGCCUCGCACACGUUCGCGCACGGCCAGCGCGUGGAGCAGCUGCUGGCCGUGCCCCACAUCCGCAUGCUCAUCGUGGUCUCCAACGGGGAGGUGUCGGCGCACGGGGCCACGGACCUCAAGCCGCUGGACUUCGACUUCUCCAAGGCCAACAUGCACCAGGUGCGCCUCGUGUGCGUGAACCAGCGCGGACCCCCGCACUUCCGCCUGGGCGUGGCGCUGCUCAAGCGCAAGGCCAUCGCCAUCUACCAGUACCACAGCAGCGACAAGAGCUACGCCUUCCUGCGCGAGUUCAGCACGCAGGACGUACCCGAGGCCAUGAGCUGGUACCGCAACAAGGUGGUGGUGGGCUUCCGCAAGGACUACUUCCUGCUCAACGACAAGUCCGGGGACGCCACGCAGAUCAACUCGCCCGGGAUCCAGGACCCCACGGUCUUCCCCGUGGUCAAGCUGCUGCCGAAGGAGGAGAUCCUCGUCGCCGUGAUGGAUCGCGUCGGCGUCUUCGUGGGCUUCACGGGGGACACGCUGCCCAAGAACUCCAUCACGUGGUCGCACAGCCCGCAGCAGGUCGAGUUCUCCUCGCCGUACCUGCUGGCGCUGGUGCCGAGAGUGGGUGUGGAGAUCCACAGAGCGAGUGACGGAGCGCUGGUGCAGACCAUCCCGCUGACGAGGGCGGUGUGCAUGUUUGCCAACGGUAUGAAGUGGGACAUGGAGCCGAGACCCAGUGGAGACAGCGAGGACGUGGUCAUUGUCGGCGUGAGGGACUCGAACGGAACGUCCAGCGUCAUGAAGAUCGAGCCCAUGCCCAUGGACCAGCAGGUUGGAGAACUCUUGGACCGAGGACAGAUUGACGAGGCGCAGAACCUGGUGCGCAAGUCCAUUGCGUCGCUGUCGAGCGACAAGCAGCGCAGCAAGAUCAAACGCUUCCAGCGCCAGGCGACGGUGGCGCUGCUGCGUCGGCUGGAAUUUGACCAAGCUGCAGAGUACAUGUACCGCGCUGCGAUCGAGCCGUGCGAGUUUAUUGCGUUCUUCCCGGAACUCCAGUGCGCCUCCUUCGCGUACGAGCCUUCGGUGUUCAAGGCCGAAGUGCUCCCGCGAGGCAACAGCUCUGCGCCUGAUAUUACGUCCGUUAUCCAGGAACUCCUGUCGUCCCCCCGCGCGCCGUUGAACCCCGACAUCGCCAAGAGCAACGCUGCGGAUCUUGUCAAUGCGGCGCAGAAGGCACUUCUCAAGUUCCUUGGUCAGUACAAGAAGCACAUGCGGGAUAAGGCGCGUGCGCGCGUGCGUGCCGCGUCAUCAGCUCGUGGACGCUCACCGUCGAAUGCUAGUCCGAAGGAUGCGCGCCGUGUCGAAGCGAUUGAUACGGCACUCUUCCGCCUCUACGUCCACUUCAAGCGGUACAAGGAGUUGCUCGUGCUUAUCCAGGAGCCGAAUCCUGACGUGGAAGGCCCUCCAGGAUCUCUCGGAGGCUGCGCGUUAGAAGCGGAAUCGUGCCGUUCGCUGCUGGUCAAGCACAAGCUCUACUACGAGGCGGCCGAAUUGUUGUGUGCCCAUCAGAAUUACGACGACGCCCUGGAGAUAUUUGCGUUGCUGCACCAUGGUGAGUACAAACAGCGUACUGGCUCGAGCGGCAUGCCGAAAUCUCCUAUCGAGGCGGCCAUUGAUGCACUUGUAUCCGUGCCCGAGUCGGAGAGCGAAUUUAUUUUCAAGCAAUCGAUCUGGAUUAUAAAGGCGACGUCGGCCAAGCAAGCCCUGCGCAUUUUCACUGACCGGCGGCCACCGUUACCAUCUAAUGACGUCGUUGCGCAUCUGCGAGAACAUUCGAGUGACCCAGCUAUCGUUCAAAGAUACCUCGAAACCCUUGUCAAGGCCGGGGACACCGGAGCAGCGCUCAUGAGCGGUGCCGUGGGUGCCGAUGCGAGUGAUAACGGUCUGGGCAGCAGUGGAGGUGCCCUUGAAGGCAGCAGUCGAGGGUUUACCGCUUUUACCGACUCGAGUACCACGGAGCUGGGAGUUAAUGACAGCUACAGCCACUUCUUAGCUGGUGACAACGAUGACGACGAUGAACCAACGCGUGUGGUAGACGGUGGUGCAGCGAUCGUGGUGGACCCGCAUCACACGCGUCUAGCGCUGGAAUAUCUUGAUGAAACCCUCCGGCUAGUGGCGCGUGGAGAAGUGCCGUCUAAAUCUCAACCGGGUAAGGAGCCUGGUGCGCUGGGUGAUGCGCGGAAGCGGCUACUCAAGUUCCUCAAGGCUGGCUCUUCACGCUACGACGUGGCGCCGCUCGUGGAGAAGAUUAAGGGCAAGCCACUGUACAACGAGUUCGUGAUUCUUUGCGGCCGCGGGUCACUGCACGAAGAAGCUGUGACUUCACUGGUGUACGAGUUAAAUGAUCUGCGCGGUGCUGAAAGCUACUCGGUCAAGUAUGGAGCGCGUGCGCCGUCGGUGGGUUCGUCAGCAGGAACGACCAAGAAGACAGGAGCCGGCGCCAUGGAACGCAACGACGCACUGAUGGAGCUGCUGAAAAUCUGCUUCUCGCCUCGCGACGAGUCCAAGAAGGCGGCGUUCAAUGACUUUGGCUUUCAACUGCUCGCACGUCACGGCAAAAACCUGGACAGCGCUGCAGUGCUCGAGAUGGUGCCGCCAACCACGCCCCUGUCGAAGCUGGGUGAGUUCUUCGCACAAGCCUUGCCGCACAGCGCGCACAAUGUGCGCGAGAUGAGCAUCACCAAGUCGCUGUCGAACGUCUACAACCUGCAGGUCCAGUGCGACCGCGUAGAGCGCUUGACCCACAGCGUGCAGAUCGACCCGAACACACUCUGCCCUGUGUGCCACAAGCGCAUCGGCGACAUUGUGUUCGCCGUGUACCCGAACGGCAAGGUCGUGCAUUACAACUGUACCAACAGCAAUCUCCAGCUGUGCCCCGUGACGGGCGAGCGCUUCUCCUAG